CGAGUCGAGCGACUGCGUACACAGGGUCGCUUUAACAUCAUUCGUGUCGGUGACGACGACGGUGUACGACGACAUCAGCUGGACAUUACACGCUUGUGUAGUGUUUGACGACACGGCGAGUUGUUGUGUUUUCACGUGGAUCUUCGUGGGAUUACCGACAAUAUAUACGUCUUCUCACGUUAAAUUGGCUAUGGCGGGCCAAAAUCGCCCUGCCGCCAUCGCCACCACCAACAGCUUACGGCCAAGGCACGUUUCUGGCCGCCGUAUGUUCGUCUUGGUAGCCACCGCAGCGGGGCUUGUGCUGUCGCUUGUAAUGCAGCAAGCUUGCGGUACUACUUUGUACACAAAUACGUUCUCGGUGAAGUUGCAUGCGCCAUCGGCUAAAGUUGCUAAUGAGCAUGCCGACUUGGUGGCUCGUCGUACUGGGGGUAUGUUCCAGAACGUAGGCAAGGUUAGAGGCACGACAGAUGAAUUUCAAUUCGUGCAUCACGGUUUACCAAAAAUCAGAGGACGCCGUUCGCUUCCGGCUGUCCGAUUACUCCGGAAGGAUCCACUGGUCAAGUCUGUCAGUCAGCAGCCAGGCUUUAAGAGGGUGAAACGCGGUUUCAAGAUGAUACCACCGUUCAUCGGACCAGCUCUUCCACCUCCUGUACUUAGACCAGCAUUUGAGGAUGUGUCCGAUAGUGACUAUUCUGAUGUGGAUGAUCCGCUGCCAAAUGAUCCAUUAUUUCCUGAGCAGUGGUACCUACGCAACACAGGACAAAAUGGGGGUAAACCACGGCUGGACUUAAAUGUACGAGCCGCUUGGGCUCAAGGUGUGUCCGGCAAGAACGUGACGACUGCUAUAAUGGACGAUGGUGUUGAUUAUACACAUGAAGACCUCAAGUACAAUUACAAUGCACAAGCUAGCUAUGAUUUCAGUAGUAACGACCCAUAUCCAUAUCCAAGGUACACAGAUGAUUGGUUUAAUAGUCAUGGGACACGCUGUGCUGGUGAGGUGGCAGCGGCCCGUGACAAUGGAGUAUGUGGCACUGGUGUUGCGUAUGAUUCUAAAAUAGCCGGUAUUCGUAUGUUGGAUCAACCGUACAUGACAGACCUAAUAGAAGCCAAUAGCAUGGGUCAUGAACCAGAUUUAAUAGAUAUAUAUAGCGCAUCUUGGGGACCUACUGACGAUGGAAAGACGGUUGAUGGACCACGAAAUGCUACCAUGAGGGCAAUUGUGCGAGGAGUAAAUGAGGGACGGCGUGGAAAAGGUAAUAUAUACGUAUGGGCUAGCGGCGACGGUGGCGAGGCAGAUGAUUGCAACUGUGAUGGUUAUGCUGCUAGCAUGUGGACGAUUUCUAUAAACUCAGCCAUAAACGAUGGUCAGAAUGCACACUAUGACGAGAGCUGCUCGUCUACAUUAGCAAGUACUUUUAGCAAUGGAGCAAAAGACCCUAAUACCGGCGUGGCUACUACAGAUUUAUAUGGAAAAUGCACGAAAUCACAUUCGGGAACAUCAGCUGCAGCUCCCGAGGCUGCCGGAGUAUUUGCAUUAGCAUUGGAAGCUAAUCCUGAAUUGACAUGGAGGGAUGUACAGCAUUUAACUGUAUUAACUUCAAAACGCAACUCAUUAUUUGACCGACACCGAGCAGGAGGAUCGCAACGACCGCGGUUCCAAUGGACCAUGAACGGUGUAGGACUUGAAUUUAAUCAUCUUUUUGGCUUUGGCGUUCUGGACGCUGGUGCUAUGGUGCGAAUGGCCAAGCUAUGGCAUACUGUACCUGCUCGAUAUCACUGUCAAGCCGGGACACAUAAUAAAUACAGAAAAUUCACAUCACACAAGGACGGAUCUCUAACGCUUAAGUUGAAUACGGAUGCUUGUCGAGGCACCGAUACUCAUGUCAAGUACUUAGAGCACGUGCAGGCAGUAAUAACAUUGAAUUCAACGCGAAGAGGUGACGUUGAAUUAUUUCUAACUUCUCCUAUGGGAACAAGAUCAAUGAUAUUGAGUAGAAGACCAAAUGAUGAUGAUCGACGAGAUGGGUUCACCAAAUGGCCUUUUAUGACCACACACACGUGGGGAGAAUAUCCAGCUGGUGAAUGGACUUUAGAGGUCAAAUUUAAUACACCGAAAGAGCCAUCAGUAGAAGAAAAUGAUGAAACUACUAACAUUCCAGAGGCUAUUACGGUGUCUCCAAUGCAUGCACAAACCUCUACGUCUAUCACAAAUCGAGAGCCAUUGAAUGUAGGCUUCUUAAAGGAAUGGACACUUAUGCUGCAUGGUACCCGAGAUCCACCGUACGGACAAUUACCUGUACAUGAUCCUCAUUCCAAAUUGGCCAUCGUCAAAAAGGCACACGCUAUGCCAGCUGAUGAUAAUGGUAGCAAGCCUAAGACGUUUCACAUCUAAAUCCCUAAGAAUACACACCAAACGACCAAAAUUUACUUUUUCAAAAUGAUUUACGUUCCUUUAAAUUAUAUCAAUAAAUCAGAAAACAAUAUAAAUUUUCUAUUAAAUUUCAAUUAACCUUCCUCAAAAUAUAUUAUUAUUUUAAAUAAACUAUUGUAACAUUUUUUCAGUGCGCACCCGAUACCUGUUAAUAAAAAAACAAUUUGGAGUAAAAAAUUACCUAUAACAUAACCCACUUCAAUUUUAUUUUUUUAUUGAUUUUCUAUAUAAAUGCAUCUUUAUUUUAUUCAGUUUACAAUUUAUUGAUAGUUUUAUCACUGAAGAAUGACAAAGCUUAAGGAAAUUUCAACAAUAACAUUUUUAAGAUAAAAUAUACUUAAAUAACAAUUAAAUAAAAAUGUCUAUCCUAAUAAUUGAGAGUCCAAUUGGCCUGUGGAUUGUGCUAGUACUAUUCAUCAUAUAGCAUUACAAAUAUUGUUUUAGCCUAAAAUAUUUAUGAAAAUGUAAAAUAUAUAAAUAAAAAAAAAGAUGUAUGAAUUGUCA